UUCUCCAUUCCAAGCCUGUGAAAACGCGUUAAAAAGCAAACAGAUUCUUCGAAACUUACGAAAACCAGAGGACCUCCAAACCCUACAAGAACCAGAGAUCCUUGAAACCCUAGAUUGCUGGUGACGUUCGAAACCCUAGAAAAUCGACGGUCCUCUUCCUGAUCUCCUCUUCACGUUUGGUGGGCCUUCUCCGACAGGCCCACCGCCAUGGCUUCUUCUCUGUCAUCUCCUUCCUUCUUCUCAGUCCUUCUCUUUCUCUCUCUACACGCUUGCUGCCUCCUUGCUCAACCCCAGCUUAUCAAUCUACCAAGCCAACGUUCGAAUGACCAAUCCACGGCUUCUGGUUCGCAUCUCUGCCCCUCAAAUGGCGAGCCGCCUUCGUGUCCUGUAUCGUGUUUUAGCCCUGAUCCAGUUUGCGGAGCUGAUGGCGUGACCUAUUGGUGCGGGUGUGCUGACGCUCUCUGUUCGGGCACCACGGUGGCGAAAUUAGGGUAUUGUGAGGUUGGCAAUGGCGGAAAUGGUGCCUUUUCUGGUCAGGUACUCCUCCUGGUUCACAUUGUUUGGCUAAUUGUACUAGGGUUUCUGGUCAUUCUUGGCCUAUUCUGAGUUGUAGUUUUUGGCGGUUUUGUUGUUCCCAUUUCUCGAGAAUUGUUGUUUUGGAGAUGUAUCAUUGUUUACACUUCACAUUGAGGUUGGCAUUCAUGGAUGUACAUGUAUUGGAUUAUGAUUCUAUUGUACAUUUUCAUUCUUAAUGGAGGCUUUUUAUGCUUUUGGAUA